ACUCGAUCAUCGCGACGGUGAGCGGUUCGAGCUUUUGGUGACGACAAUGGCGUAUCAGAAUUUCGCGACGACGGCGACGAGAUCCGGAGCUGGCGAACAACAAAUCCAAUCGUUCUAUCAAUCAUUUGAUGCAAAGAUCGAUGCGAAGUUCAAUAGGAUCGAAGCAAUGCUUCAAUCAUGCAUUGCGACGCUAGAACAACGAUCACCUCAGGCGGAUUCGAUUGGAAUCUUUCCGAAUCCUAAUCAGCUGAAAUCUUCUACUCAGGUAUCUGUUUCUUCAUCGGAACAGUACGGGAACAAUCAGUUAGGUUAUCGACAAGUAGUUGAGAAUUUUGAUAAUCACGAAGAGGAAAGAUUCAUAGAGAUUCCUGUGUUUACAUGUGUUGAUUUGAGACCAUGGAUCGAGUGGAUGGAGAAUCGGUUUGCGUCUGAAGAGUUCACGGAGCUACAAAAGCUUGCAUUGGCUCGCGGUUUCAUCGAUGGAGAAGCGGAAGCAUAUGUUCACCGCAUGAAUUCGUUCGUCCCUUUCCAAAGUUGGAAGGAUUUGAGAGAAUCAUUGUUGUGGAAGUAUGGUGAACGAAACAAGGCAGAACAAGGUAGACACUUACAGAUGUCUACAACAAGAUGGAUUCCGUCUAUCAACUCGACUAAUCAAGUCCAAGAGGUCGAAGCAUUAGCAACAGUCACGAUACAAGCGGAAGAACCUAAAAUGGAUGAGAAUUUGAUUCAAGACAGAGAGUUAGAUCCUGUGACAGAAUCGAGUCAGGACAACAAUGAUGAUCAUGAAUCAAUCGUUACUGCCUUGAAUCCACAUCUGCAUUCAGAGACGUCUGCUUCACUCGUGAUUGGUGUACCAAGAUUACUGAUCAUGAGAAGGCCAAUGGUACAUCACAGGAAGAAGAUGUGUUUGGCUCCUAAGUCUUGGAGGUUUAAAUACAAAGGACAUCUAGUGAAGAAACGAAGAUUGGACGUUGUACAGACAAUUUUAGAGUUUCAGUGGAGGGAAUUGUCGAGCUCUGAAUCUAAACUCAGUGGAGAGUUGGGGAGAAUGUUGUCUGGAACUAGCGGUGAAGCUCUUGGUACAGUUCCAAGUGUUGAUUUAAUGAGAGAAAGAGCGGGUACCAAGGAACAGUCACUCAAGCUUAAGUCUGGAUACCAAAAAGAUUUCCCGUUCGUCACUCAUGCAGCUACUGAGUCUGGGAUACAAGUGGUGUUUGAGACAGUUCUACAAGAUAUUCAGGAACCUGCACCUUGUUUGCCGAAGAAGGCUGAGUUAGACGCAACUUUGCAGACCAGCCUUACGUUGACAAUGAAUCAAGCUAAGCCGACGAGAAAGUUUAAUAGCGUUUCAAGCCGUUUGCGGUUUGUUCUGGUGAGUCUUCAGUCACAUAAAGAGUAUGGGUUGUCAGAAGUUGAUGAGGCUGUAGAUUCAUGGACACGAAAAUGGUGCAAAGACUGGUGGUUUAAUUUCAAACAGAGUGCAACGGUUAGAGAAGCUUUUCGAUUACAAUAUUACAGGGAAACAUGUUACAGCGAGCAGUUUCUGAUGAAGCAAAAGAGUUUGAGCAACGUGGUACAGACUUGGAGCAAACAAAAGCUUAUGAUAAAAAACAUUGAUGUUCAUAUUACAUGUACUGCAGAUCAAGAGUAUGAUGUUAUUCUUCAUAGUGGCAACCUUGUGCUGAAUCACUACCUUCCAUGUAUGCAAAUUGUGAACCUUCGGUGGAUGCUACUAGUGGAGAAGCUGAACAAUGACGUGAUGAUAAGAAGCAACGUAGCUGAGUGGCGUACAAAUUUGGGAUCAGGCCACUACGUCCUAGUCUUUUUUCUUGUGCUGGUGAGGCUCAUAUAUACCGGCAGGCACAAGGGACACUGUAUGAAGCUUGCACAAGCAUAUAAUGAUUGGAGUGAUGGUCGUCACAUUCCGCAACUGACUCUGGCUGAAUCAAACCUUGAAAUGGUUAACCUAUUCUGCUUGUUUUGCAUGUUGCACUGGCUACCAGAGACUGAUGCAGAACUUGCACGACUAGCUGUGUUUGAGUCAGUUCUACAAAGGCCUAAUGUCUAUGAAGCGUUAUCAAAGAUGUGUGGGACUCUGAAUUGGCAAACAAGGAAGCAUAUAGAUAUUGAUGCAACUGCCGCUAGCUCACCGGAGAACGUUGAGUCUGACAUAAUUAUGCAGGACAGUGUUGCGGUAAUAAGAAAACACAACCUUGACGAUGAGAAGUUUCAAGUCAAGCACAGAUGGAGAAUCAGAAGAUGCGUUUCCAGACUAACCAGAGACAGUAUCGUGUUGCAGCAGCUCUAUUCACAGCUUGGGGUGAAGCUAGCACUUGCAGUGCUUUAGGUGAAGCCAGGAUUUGCAGAGCUUGAGGACAAGCUCUAUUUGAAGCGGGGGGUAAUGAUAGAUACCGAAUACUAUAGCUGACGUGGCUGAUGGUUACUGUGUUGGCAAGUUAGUGAAGUUGCUGAUUGAGUCAGAGGCUUUGCUGUUACUGAAACUGGGGAGUAUAAAUAAAGAUCCAUGAGUGUUGUUGUUGAGGGGGGGAUGAUAGAGAGUUGUUAGGCAAAUCAGAGGAGUGUCUCUGGAUUUGAAGGACCUUGGCGUUAGGGUUCAUAGCCUUCUCGUCUUGGUAUUGUUACGGUUCGUACGAUAAGCAAUAAUAUCGUCUUUUACAUCUUAGAGUCUUAUCACCCACGUCGCAAGCUUGGCAUAACCAAACCGUCGAAUCAAACUCAGAGAAACUUAGACUAGUUGAGAGCUGGACAAGCUUGGUUUUGGUGUUGAGGGGAGUGAAAGUUACUUUGGUACUUAUUCAUUUUGGUCAGGACUCAGAAGUUACAUUUUUGUUCGGAUACCAAAUCAAACUGAUCACACAACUACUCUCGUACACUAAACACUCCAUUAAAACAUAAGACUACUGAACUUCAUGUAAAUUUUGGUACUUUUGACAUCAAAAGCUCUUACAUAACAGGACAACCGUAUGGCUUUGGAAGCGUCUUCAUUCCAACAAACCCAUUUGGUUUCAACAAAGCUGUAUUGAAUCCUAAAGCUAAAACACUUGUAAGCUUUCGACAUAAAUAUUGGAGACGACAAAACAAAAUGCGACAA